AUGGGAACUGUGGAAGAAUUGCAGAAACGAUGUUAUAAAGACAGCCAGGCUGAAGCUGACAUUGUACAAAGAAUGGAAUUAGAGACACAAAGGAGACUGGCACAGCUUCAGGCUGAAUUAGAUGAAAUGCAUGGCGAGCAGAUUGUGCAAAUGAAGCAAGAGCUAAUUAAACAACAUGCAAUGGAAAUAGAACAUCGGCUUUCACAACAAAAAGUAGAAUUAGAGAAAACUUUAAGUCUGUGUUUGAAUGAGAAUGUUAAUGAAGAUCAAAUGCAUUCAAUGAAUAUUGAAAUUAAUGAAUUGAAUGUGAAAUUGCAAGAUGCUGAUAAUGAAAAGGAAAAAAUAAAGCAAGAACUGUCACAACAGAUGGAAGCAAUUUCAGCAGAGAAGUCUCUUCAACAGGCUAAAAUUGAAGAACUUCUCCAAGAACUUAAUUUUUCAAGAGACCAGGUUCAAAGAGCCAAACAAACUAUAAUGGAAAUGGAAUGUAGAUUAAAUGAUGCUGAAAAAUAUCAGUUUAUGGUUGAAGAUUUAAAAACUCAGCUGGCUUCUGCCUCUGAAUUUAGGAAAGAAUUGGAGUUAAAACAUGAGGCAGAAGUCACAAAUUACAAAAUAAAGCUUGAAAUGCUAGAAAGGGAGAAGGAUGCAGUUCUGGACAGGAUGGCAGAAUCUCAAGAAGCAGAAUUAGAGAGGCUGAGAACAAAGCUUCUGUUUAGUCAUGAAGAGGAACUUUCCAGACUUAAAGAAGACUUACAAAAAGAGAACAUGGUGAACAUGGAAAGCCUUAAAGAUAACUUGAAUAUACACCAUAAACAGCAGUUAGAUGAGUUACAAAAUGAAAUGAGUCAAAAGAUAGAAGCUAUGCAAUAUGAAAAGGACAACUUAAUUACAAAGCAAAAGCAGUUGAUACUAGAGAUUUCAAACCUGAAAGAUUUACAGCAGUCCAUUGUAAAUUCUAAAUCUGAAGAAAUGACUCUUCAAAUUCAUGAGCUGAAGAAAGAGAUUGAAGUGCUUAGGCAAGAGGAAAAAGAAAAAGGUACCCGUGAACAAGAAAUUCAGGAGCUGCAGCUUAAAACUGAGUUGAUGCAGGAGCAAAUGAAGGAGCGAGAAGAUAGCCUUCAAAAAAAAUGUUUAGAACUUGAAACACAAAAUGACCUUCUUAAGGGGGAAAACAAAACUCUGGAAGAGAAGUUAAAAAGUGUGUUGGUAAACUCUGAAGAAAAUUAUAUUUUAAAGACGAGCAUUAGCUCUAAUUCAGAAAUUUUGGACUUGCAAAAAAGAAUAGAAGGGCUGAUUACUGAAAAUGAGCAACUGAAAAACCAAAACAGCCAACUCCAAGAGGACACUGAAAGGCAGAAGAGUGUCUUUUCAUUUACUGAGAAAAAACUUGAAGCUAAUUUUAAAGAGCUACAGAAUGAAUGUGCAAGUCUUCUGAAGGCAAAAACUGAGUUAGAAGAGAACAAGAAUAAGCAGGAAGCUGAAUAUAAAAGCAAGCUAAAAGCUUUGAAUGAAGAACUUCACCACUUACAAAGGAAUAAAGAAAACAAGGUGUCAAGGGCAGAGAGAUUUGAGGCUGGAGAAGUUGUUGAGAAAGACCUGACAGAACUUAUGGAAAAGCUUGAGAUAACCCAGCGUGAGAAACUGGAAUUAUCCCUGAGACUCUCCAAUCUCUCCAAACAGUUGAAGUCAAAGCAUAGUGAAAUUUGUCAUUUAAAUGAAAAAGUGAAAUACUUAAAACAUGAGAAAGAAGAAGUUACAGCGAAGUGUAAAGAACUAGAAGUCAUAAUUAGCCAUGCUCAGAGAGGAAAUAGUACAGGUAAUGAACCUAAGGCAAAAUGUUCUAAAGGAAAAGCUCUAAAGACUGCUGCUCCAGCAUCUGAAAGUAGAAAUAAAAGCCUUGGUCCAAGGAAUGAAGUUGAUGAAGGAAUAAAUGUAAGAGGAAAUGUUGGUUCAUGUGAAGAUACCAGUCAUGAGGUAACAAAAAGAAAGGAAGUUCAGCAAAUGUUGAAACCAGAAGAGAAGUCUCUUAUAGAACAUUUGCAUGGGAUGACAGACAGGCUGACAGAUGAAACAUCGUUAAUAGCCAUUACACAGAGUGAAGAUAAUCUUCAGCAGCAAGUGGAUGCAUUAAAAUCAGAACAGGUGUUCUAA